AUGGGGCCGAGACUGUUUGGACCACAGCGGCCUCCAUCUGCCCUGCAUUAUCCUCCUCAUCUGCAAUCCCUUGGGCUUCUCCUCUUGACCCUCCCCUUGCUGCUGGCUGCGGUGCUGACCAGGACCUGGGCAGUUCCUGUCCCCAUGACUACCGGUGUCCCACCAGAUGCAAAGGACUGCCACAUGGCUCAGUUCAAGUCUCUGUCCCCACAAGAGCUGCAGGCCUUCAAGACGGCCAAAGAUGCCAUUGAAGACUGGCUGGUGGAGAAGGAUGUCAGGUGUGGUUCCCGCCUCUUCCCCAGGGCCUGGGACCUGGGGCAGCUGCAGGUGCAGGAGCGCCUGGAGGCCUUGCAGGCUGAGCUGGCUCUGACUCUGAAGGUUCUGGAGAGCGUGGCAGAACCAGCCCUGAAGACCCUCCUGGACCAGCCCCUUCACACACUGCGCCACAUCCUCUCCCAGCUGCGGGCCUGCACCCAGGCUCCACCCACUGCAGACCCCAGGCCACAGAGCCGCCGCCUCUCCCGCUGGCUGCACCGGCUCCAGGAGGCCCAGAAGAAGGAGACCCCCGGCUGCCUGCAGGCCUCUGUCACUUUCAACCUCUACCGCCUGCUCACCCGGGACCUGAAAUGUGUGGCCAGCGGUGCCCAGUGUGUCUGA